AUGAAGUUCUUAUCGUCGCUUGCACUUUUUGCCGCCAUUUUUACGACAUCUACUAAUAUUGUUGAUGCUCACUCGUCAAUCAAAAAUCCGCUUCCUAGAGGACAUCCGUUAAAUCCAAACGCAGCAGUAAAAGAUUUUGCAUGCAUAACCACACCACUGAACGGUGGCCCAGGCUGCGCACCAAAAGCAUUUCCAUGCGGCGGCUACCCACAAGAUACCCAAAUUACACAAGUUCUAACAGCCGGCGAAGUCAUCAGCGUUAAUUUCUGGAAUCCGAAUUUCCCAAACGGGCCGCAACCAGGUGAUGAAUCUCGUGAUCAAGCGCGUCACAAUGGUGGCCAAUGUGAAUUUGCGCUAUCGUAUGACGGUGGUGUGACGUACACUGUUAUUGGCACUUAUCAUGAAACUUGCCCGGAUAUAUUUUUCGAUUGGAAAGUAAAGAUUCCAGAGAAUGCGCCAUCGUGUGACAAACCUGGCAAAUGUCUUUUUUCGUGGUCGUGGAUCAAUGCUGUGGGAAAUCGCGAAUUUUACCAGAAUUGUGCUGAUGUGAAAAUCGUUGGAAAUUCUACUAAGCCGUUGCCGAUUAAAGAUAUUACUCGUGCUAAUUUACCACCUCAAUUCCCGACCAUUUUGACACCAACUGGUGAUCCUAGUAACAAUGGUAAUCUGAAAGGAUCUGGUCCGUUGGCAUCUGAUGUUUCUGCCAAUCUACAAGGUGCCGGAAAUGCGCCACCUUCAACACGUGUGUUAACGGGUCUAUCGUGGCUAGACAAUGUCCAAGUGGUACCGUGUGCACUACAGUCGGUAACUCGAUUCAGUGUAAAUGAUCGAGUCGUAAAUUUUAAAAAUUUCGUUUUCAUUUAA